AAAGGUGGGGGGAGGCAGGAAGCUGGGAGCUGUUUUGUUCUCCAUUUCUCAUCCAGGGAAAUAUAAAAUUCUGCUCUUUUUACUAUUUUCUAAAAUAUUUCAUUCUUCUAGGAGAGGGGUGGGUGCUAACUUCCUACAAUUGAAAAUUUUUUAAUGUUUUCACAUGGAAUUAAAUUUUUGAAUUAUUUUCUUUUUUCUUAACCAACAAACACCUUUCUGCUGAAAUAAUGACUAUAGAAAAGACAAGUAUUCAGAGCAGCUUCUGUUUUAUCCUUUGGACCCAUAGGAUGAAGGAAGUUGAAAUAGAUCAACAGCUUGCUAUUUUGAAAGAAAACAUUUAAGCAGGACUUUUUGCAUUACAAGAGAUAUUAGUUCUGUGACUAUUUGGAAUAAUUUACUGGAAAACAAUAUAGAUAUCUGCUUUCCCAUCAGUACAUGCUGACUCUCUUCAGUGAGUUUCACUUUCUGGAUUCAAAGGGAAUUUUAAAGUACCACAUUCAUCAAAAAUUGGUGUUCCUAGAUUGAUUUCUGACAUUGCUUUUUACUUGAUAAAAGAACAAAUUAUUAAGUAUGCAAAAUCAGGUCAGGCCCUUGAAAGGAUGGGAACUUUUUUUUUAAAGGGAAGAAAGACAAACACAUCUCAAGUUCUUUUUUUAAUUGCCCUUACAUUGACAAUGAUUAUUGUAUUUGGUGGUUUGCCAUACUUUUCAGUGAAAUUUUCCUCAAGAAUUGACAGUUGAAGUUUAUGGCUACUAUGUUUUCAUAUUGAGGAUUAGGAAAUGGGUGCCCUAUCUUUUUUUGGCUAAUACUACGGUAUUUUAAAGGUUUUCACUGUGAUGGCUUGAGUUGAAUUUCUGGUGGCUUACAGGAGUGGUGUGCAGCUGUUAGAAUCCAAAACAGGAAAAGUGCUUCAGAAAAGACAAAGUCAUCCUUGCUGCACCUGUGGCUUCUCCUUAACAAAGGCACACCCUUUCGUGCAUCCUACACUACCCAGGAAAUGAUGUCAUGGCUUUAAGGAGGCGCUAUCUGGUGCAAUGAGUAUGCCCACACCCCCUCCAAAAUACCUUUUCUGCAUCUGAUCCAAAGAACAUCCAUAGAUUACAAUUUAGAGAAAUACGGAGCUUCAUGUCCUGAACAAAUUAUUACAGCAUUUUAUGGAGCUGGGUACUCCAUUCUUGACACUUCAGUCUGAAAGGUAACUUAAGAAUUGUAAAGCGGUAAGGUUUCUAUGCAUAGAUUUUUAUUUUUCAUUUAUGCUUUAGAAUUGAUUAUACUAGACUUCACAAGAGGACGAUUUGUGUAUGCUAUGGGAAAAAAUUAGGGCCAUCUAAUUAUUGCUAUAAUAAAAGAAUCAAAUUUUCAAACCUUACUGUAUGUAAUUGCUAGAAUUAUUGCACACUAAAUAAAGUAUUUUCAAGAAAAAGGCAAUAUUUUUUUUAAAAAAGGAAAUUACUUUAAUAUAUAUCAUUUUGGUGACCAAGCCAUCAAAAUCUGUGUUUUAAAACUUUUUGAUGCUGCAUAUAUCAUGGUACAUCUUAAGGAUGUCUGUGAGACUACAUGUGCAAAUAUCCCUAGAUAGGUAUCUAAAAGUCUUAAUUCAGAUGGUAUGUUGGUGAGCAUUGAAAAAUGUGACCAGAAAAUGUGUUUGCGUUUCAGAGUCCUAGCAGUAUUUUAUUAUUGUCUUUCUAGAUUAAUCUAUACAUUUCUCUCUCUGGACUGUUAACCAAAUAAUAUAAUUUUGCAUUUAAUUAAUAUUACAUAGUGAGGGCAUGUUUCAAGAUCAUAACAAUUUCUCUUUAAAAUUGUUUUUCCUUUUUUAUGUAAAAGUUACUUUGGCUUAAAUAGUCUUGCUUAGCUUAUUCCAUAACACUUAACAAUUCCUUAGCUUUCAUGUUUUAUAAUUUUUCCUUAAAUUACAAUCUUUGAAUAGCAAUAGCAGUAGCACUUAGACUUAUAUACCAUUUCAUAGUGCUUUACAGCACUCUCUAAGCAGUUUACAGAGUCAGCAUAUUGGCCCAAACAAUCUGGGUCCUCAUUUUACCAACCUCAGAAGGAUGGAAACCUUGAGCCAUUGAGAAUUGAACUUGUGGCUGUCAGCAGAAUUUGCCUGCAAUCUUGCAUUCUAAUCACUGCCCCAUCCUGGUCCUUCUAUUGGUGAUCAUAAGAAAACGGAAAUGAAGGUUCAUAGGCACACACAAUUUUGCCUCAUUUGUUUGCUGACAUUUGUCUUCCAUCAAUGUCACCAUUGUCAUGAAGGUGAACAUAGCCACAAUGACUGUCAGAUCUCUGAAAACCAAAGGACCGAGCCUGAACCAAGUAAGGAAGCUGAAGUUAAACAGAAAUACUACAUUGAAAAACUCUUUAAUCGUUACGGUGAGAAUGGAAAGUUGUCGUUUUGUGGCCUGGAGAAAUUGAUGAUAAGCCUUGGCCUUGGAGAAAUUAAAAUAGUAGAAAUAAAUCAUGAGGACAUUGGCCACGAUUAUGGUUCUUACUUAGAUGUACUAGAUACACAAGAAGGAAAGCAUUCUCAUUCCCACAACCAUCCUCAUUCCCAUAAUCACCCAAGCUCAGAAAAUCAGACUGCAAACGAAGGGUCUGGCAAAAGGAGCCAGAAAUGUGAUCCAGUGAAAGAAGUUACAGAAUCAUCUUUGAAGCCUGAUGGUACACAUGCUCAUGACUCUAAUAAUCACAGACAUCACAAGCAUCAUCACCGCCGACAUGCACAUCGCCACCUGGACCAUAACAAUACUCAUCAGUCUCACAAUGAUUCCAUUAACCCCAGUGAUCAUGGGGAACCAAGACAUGAGCCUUCCACAGAGACCAAUACUACUCAGGAACAGCCUGAAAAAAAACUGCCUAAGCACACGAAGAAAUGGCGGAAAAAGAAGAACAAGGAAGUUUCAAGAGUUACAGCACAAGAUUUUACUCGCAAUCAUGACUCAAAUGAGCAAAAUGAUCAUAAUCAUGUCCACAAAAAUAACCAUGUGCAUGAUGCAUCUUUCACACAUGCACAUUUUAAUGAACAAAAUAAUGAUCAUUCAGCUACUCAUGGACAUCAAGAUCCAAAUCCUGCCAGUGGGGAUGGGUAUCGGCAUACCAGCAAACGAGAGGCACCUGAUAAACAAAUCAGCACGGGGAAGCAUGCUAAUCACAAGAACCAUAAUGAAGACGAGCAUUCUUCUGAAGAGUGCUUAAAUGUCACACAGCUGCUAAGCCAUUAUGGUCUUCACCCCAGUUCUCCAAUUUCUCCCAGCUUGUUUACUUAUCUGUGCCCUGCGUUGCUGUAUCAGAUUGAUAGGCGACUUUGUAUUGAACAUUAUGAAGACCUGCAUUUUGAAGACUUGAACAAAGGAAACAAUGUGUCUCUUGGGAAUGUGGAGAAAACCGGUGCAUCAGCCUGGAUCUGUGGCAUCAUUUCUAUCACAGUUAUAAGCUUAUUGUCUUUGCUAGGCGUGAUUUUGAUUCCUAUAAUCAAUCAGGGAUGCUUCAAAUUUCUCCUCACCUUCCUGGUUGCUCUUGCUGUAGGAACCAUGAGCGGAGAUGCACUACUUCAUCUGCUACCACAUUCCCAAGGAGUCCACAAUCACAGCCACCACGAUGGCCAGGGGCACCAACACGAGCACGAGCACCAGCAUCUGCACGGCCAUCCCCACGACCAUGGAGGAUCGGUUCAGAACUUCCUAGAAGAGUAUGAUGCUGUACUGAAAGGACUUGUGGCCCUUGGAGGGAUUUACCUUUUGUUCAUUAUCGAACACUGCAUACGAAUGUACAAACACUAUAAGAAACAAAGGACAAAACAGAAGUGGUGUAAGAAGAAACAAAAGGUUGAUGAAUCGCCCAUUGGAAGGAAACUUUCAGAUCAUAAGCUAAACAGACCUGAUGCUGACUGGCUUCAACUCAAGCCACUAGCAGGAGCAGACGAUUCUGUAUUGUCCGAUGAUCGACUUAAUGAAACUGAAUUAACAGAUCUGGAUGGCCAACUUGACUCUCUGCCAAAGGCCUUCCUGUCUGCUACCGAGGAGGAAAAUCGGAUGCUCCACUCCCAUAAUGACAUUUCUCAUAAUGCCCAGAGCAACAAUCUCUCAGAUGCGGAAUAUGGGAGCCAUCGUCGAGAUGUUAAAAUAAUAGUGAGGAAGCACAACCAUCUCUGGCCACAUAAACAUUCCCAUCACUCUCAUGGACACUGCCAUUCAGGCACAGACUUAAAAGACACCGGAAUAGCUAAUAUUGCCUGGAUGGUAAUAAUGGGAGAUGGGAUCCACAAUUUUAGUGACGGCUUGGCCAUUGGAGCUGCUUUCAGUGCUGGCUUAACCGGAGGAAUCAGCACAUCCAUAGCAGUGUUUUGCCAUGAACUUCCUCAUGAAUUGGGUGACUUUGCUGUCCUUCUGAAGGCGGGCAUGACUGUGAAGCAGGCCAUUGUUUACAACCUCCUCUCUGCGAUGAUGGCUUAUGUGGGAAUGCUAAUAGGAACAGCUGUGGGACAAUACGCAAAUAAUAUCACUCUUUGGAUCUUUGCAAUCACUGCUGGCAUGUUCCUCUACGUGGCCCUUGUGGACAUGCUUCCAGAGAUGCUUCACGGGGAUGGAGACAACGAAGAGCACGGUUACUGUCCGGUGGGUCAGUUCGUCCUCCAGAACUUGGGGCUUGUCCUAGGUUUCGCCAUCAUGCUCGUGAUUGCCCUUUAUGAAGACAAAAUAGUGUUGGACAUUCAGUUUUGAAAAUUCCCAGUACUCAACUGUGAUUGCAGUCAUGCUACUGUAAGACUUUUUAGUCUGCCCUGCGGUACUGUAUGCACAUCAGUUCCCAGACAAAGCAGUGACACACACUGAUUUAUCAGUAACCGUAUUUUGGUAUCUGUUUAAACAGGCUCUGUUUCUUUCCAGUUCAUGGGAAGGAAGAGAUAAACAAAAGACGAUUGAUUUGGUCCAGUAUUUUCUUUUUUUUUUCUUUUUUCUUUUUAAAUCAGGUUGUGUUGGAAACAGGGCAUGUAAACAUGAUGCAUGAGAUGCUGUUGCAAACAUAUCAUUUCUAUUUGGCUCUGGCAACGUGCAACAGAAAUCACACACCCUGCUGACAAAGCCUUUUGUGUUAUACUUGAGCAAAUGGUGAAAGGCACCCCUAUAUAUCCACAGAGCUCACGUGCCAAGCUAGGUCAUUGUCCGGGCUCCUUGUCCCAGCCUGUAACACACACAGGCUCGCAACUGAAAUUAGUUGGCAGUGCACAGCUAGAACCAUUCUGGGAGGGAGGGGUUAUCUUUUUAAUGUUUUUUUUUUAAAAAACACGGCAAAAAAGGAUAAAUGGUUUCUAGCAUGUUAUUAUUGGAUUGCAUUUGCUCCCAGCCCUGUUGCUUGCUCGGUCAGCUCUUUUGCACUGCGCUGAAUGGUAUGACCAAAGUAAAACCGGUGUUUUUCUGGUUCAGACACUGAAUUGAACUUUCUUCCCCCUUUUCUUGGUCCUGGAUUGAACUUUCCUCCCCCUUUUCUCGCUCCUUGCCAAUCAGCUGUUUAAUACAGGGUUUCAAGCAUGUGUUCUUGUCUGCAGCCACUAUUAUGCAGCUCUGCAGUUACUGGCUCCUUUGCAAAUUUUUGAGCCCCUUCGUUAUUACGGUGGUAUUGUACUCUUUUGAAGCCCAAGGAAAAGCAGGCUGCAGAUCUCUAAAUCAAGCCUGUGUACCUUGGGGAGGUGUGGAGUUGGAAAGCAUUAGCUAUUUCAUGCUAAUUUGUGGGAGAUAGAUUAGAAAAAGGCAGAUAGCGACAUAUUGCUUGUGGAUUCCCUCCAGUCCCCCAGGUGCAGUUGUGGAGCAGAUAGCAGUGCUGUUUUUGAGCGGUUCAUACGUUUACCAAGGGAGGUCCUGCCUCAAAUUUCUUGGAGAGCAGCCCUUUUUCAUGUUUGUUUGACAUGAUUCUUGAGAAAAGUUUUGAACGUAUGAAUUCAGUGCCAUGCCAUCUACAUUUGGAGCAUCUGCAGCUGCUUGACAUUGGGAAUUUUCUCUCCAAGGCCCCCUUUCGAAGAUUGCUUUCAUUGUUUUGAACUUUCUUUUAUUCUGCUGGGCUUUCAUCCCUGUCUUUGUUGCAGUUGGGUUUCUUCUGCAAUGAAGCCAAGCAGGUGACUUCCUAUCUCGGCGAUGCUUCCUUUCCAGCAAAGGGACCUGCUGUCUCCUUGAUGACUCCCCCCAUUGGUGCAUGAGUUCCUAGAAACCUAUGCCAGGGAGGUGCGCUGCAGGGAUUACAUAGAUCCAGCCUUCUAUGAUAGUCAAGCAGUUGUGCCAGUGUCAUGGCACGUACAGAUUUGGGGAAAAACCUUAACUCUGCAAGGAUUAUCUCCACCGUAGGGAGAAUGUUUGUGCCAAUCAAACACCUAGAGACAGACUGUAAGAUGAUGAGAGAAGCAGACUUCCAGUCCCAGGAAACAAGAACACAACAGGUUAAAGUAAACUUGGGAGUUCGUUUCUUCCAGCAUUUUUCUUCAUAUAUUUUUUUUUAAAUAUAUGUAAGUAAGCUGAGCUGCAAAAAAAGGUUAGUGGGGUUUCAGUUUUAGCAGGGAGGGGCUACUUUCUUUGAUUCCCAUCAAGAGUUCUUAAAUGGUACAAAAGCAGAUAUGCUUUCAUUCCAAUUUACUUUUUGAUCAUUCCACUGACUUUUCUCUUGACAUUCCUGCAUUUGUGCAAGUGUUGUCUACUUUAAAGGUAUGUCAGAUGAUGGUGGCUUUUGUGGGCAGGGUUUUGAAUAUUAACAGUCAGCAGUGUUUUGAUUAGCUGGUGACUCCAAGAGAACUGGUUCCUACUCCCUUACCAACUGCAUACCCACUGGGAUCUCAGAACAACUGUGAAGACAGUAAGGUUGGGUCUUCUUUGGUCUCACUCUCUUUGCUAGAGAGAGUAGCUCAACUCCAGCUAAAAAUGCUUGGGUGCAAGCUAGAGGAGAUGCUGCUGAAUUCCCCUUAGAUACCCAGUGGGAUUUCCUUCUCCUAAGAUUUAAGCCUUUGGACUUUUGAUUUAUUAGUGUCUGCCAGACUGCUGGAGGGAGAUUUUUUUAAAUUAUUUUUAUUUUUGACAAAAAAAAAGUCAGGCAUACAAGAUUUUCAAAGUCUAUUUUUGUAAUUAUGAAUAAAGCUUUCUCUACUUCAGGUAGUACUUUUUCCUUUUGCGUUCUGCUGGCAUGUUCUAUAAUGUAAGGUCAAUCUGGGGAAAAUAAUUAGACCUAAGUAAUAUUUUUUUUCUCUACAUAACACCAGCCCUGUGGUAGAAUGUUAGGAUUUUAGUGAGCCUUUGGGAGACGAUCCUCCCUCAUUCACUUGUGUGCCUGUUACACUUUGUGAAGAGCCGUAGAGCAGCCCUAGCUUCUCCUAUUUUCCUUGGGUGCUGAAUUCCCCCAAUUUUUUGAAAUACAAUUAAGUGAUCACAUUUGGGACAAUUGGGAUUCCACUACAUUUCUACGUGGAUUCAUCAUUCCCUUCCACUUGGAGUCCAGUCUCAUUUAAAUGUGUACUUGUUAGAGGGCAUAAAUGUUACUUGUAUAUUAAAAUGCUGUCACUGUGUGACAUCCCAUAUUGAUCACACUGCACUGAAUCAGCUGUGAUAUGAUGAUUGCUUAGAAAACGCUGUAGCAUCCUAGGAUGCAGUGUGACUUCUUUCCUUACGGUUGAAACAAUGUGAUUAUGGUCCUAAAAUAUAUUUGAGGUACAGCUUUUGGAAGGGGGUGGGAUGUUGUUUUGAUUUGUUACAACAAAAUCCAUUUUUAAAAUAUAUAUAAAUAUAAAUAUAUAUAUAUAUAUAAAGCUGGAAAUGAUGAAAUGCUGUUUUUUGUCCAUUGUCAACAGUGUUGUGUUUAUGUCUGUUCCUUAUUCACAAGGAACAUAAGAAAAUAAAAUUAUUGAAUAAACAAUUAUGCAGA